GGAGCGGCUCGGUGAGCAGGGCGGAUUUGGGGAGUGGUGCUCUGUGAAUGACCGGGAUAAAAUCAUCCGCUACUUAUCAUCAGAUUUAAACACGGUGAAUGUUCAUUUAGUGAGGAGAAACUAAAGCGGCCGUCCUGGGUUUCAUAUGAACGGGAUAAAACCAUGCAGUCGGACGAUGCUCAGUAUUUGAAACGGAAGGUGAAACCUGGGAAUAUAGACGUGCAUCCCACUGAGAAAGCCUUAGUGGUUCACUAUGAGGUGGAGGCGUCCAUCCGGGGCGAGAGAGGAGAUGCUGUGCAUGAGGAGAGAAAGGAGUGUCAAAAAAUUAUUCGACUGAAGAGUCUUAACGCCAGCACUGACGUAGCCUUGCUGGCCAGGAAGGUGGUGGAGGAAUGCAAGCUCAUCCACCCCUCCAAAGUGGCCGAGGUGGAGCAUCUGCUCUUCUACCUGCAGAACCGAAAGAAACCCGGCAGUAAAGCUGAUAAAGAAGAGAAGAAGCUCAUGAAACCCAGAGAGCUCACCCCAUUUGAAGGGAUGGAGAUUGAUGAGGAGGCCAACAUUAAUAAGAUAGAUGAAUAUGUGGAGCUGUUGUAUGAGAACAUCCCUGAAAAGAUCAGAGGCUCCACCCUUAUCCUGCACCUGGCCCGCAACCCAGACAACCUGGAGGAGCUGCUACGUAACGAAACUGCGUUAGGAGCUCUGGCUCGAGUGUUGAGAGAAGACUGGAAACAGAGUGUGGAGUUGGCCACCACUAUCGUCUACGUCUUCUUCUGCUUCUCCAGCUUCUCUCAGUUCCACGGGCUGAUCACGCACUAUAAGAUCGGUGCUCUGUGCAUGAACAUCAUUGAACAUGAGCUAAAGAGAUAUGAUCUGUGGCAGGAUGAGCUGGACAAGAAGAGCAAGGCUUGUGAUGAAGAUCCUGACAACCUGGCUCUGCGGAAGGACCACGAGAAAGCCUAUAAGAAAUAUCAGAGCCUUCUGGUCAAGCAGGAGCAGCUUCUGAGGGUUGCUCUGUAUCUGUUGCUGAAUUUGGCCGAGGACACACGGACGGAGCUGAAGAUGAGAAAUAAGAACAUUGUUCACCUGCUGGUGAAGACUCUGGAUCGGGACAGCGAGGAGCUGCUGGUGCUGGUGGUCUCCUUCCUGAAAAAGCUCAGCAUAUUCCUGGAGAACAAAAACGAUAUGGCGGAGCUGGACACGGUGGAGAAACUGGCUCGUCUGGUCCCGUGUGAACACGAGGAUUUACUGAACGUUGCUCUGCGCCUCCUCCUCAACCUCUCCUUCGACACAGGACUGCGCAGCAAGAUGGUGCAAGUGGGGCUCCUGCCGAAGCUCACCGCUCUGCUGGGCAGUGAGAGUCAUAAGCAGAUUGUAAUGUGUAUCCUGUACCACAUCAGCAUCGACGACCGCUCCAAAUCCAUGUUUGCCUACACAGACUGCAUCCCUCAGUUGAUGAAGAUGGUGUUUGAACACGGAGAGGAGAGAAUCGACUCUGAGCUGAUCUCCUUUUGCAUCAACCUGGCUGCUAACAAGAGGAACGCCCACAUUAUCUGUGAAGGAAAUGGUCUGAAGAUGCUGAUGAAGAGAGCUCUGAAGUUUAAGGACCCUCUGUUGAUGAAAAUGAUUAGAAACAUCUCACAGCAUGAUGGUCCACUCAAACAGCUUUUCCUGGAUUAUGUGGGUGACCUGGCCGCUCAGAUUGGUCCAGACGAGGACGAGGAGUUUGUGAUCGAAUGUUUGGGGACGCUGGCUAAUCUCACCAUCCCUGACCUGGACUGGGAGCUGUUACUGAGAGAAUAUAACCUCGUACCAUACCUCAAAGACCACCUUAAACCAGGGUCAGCGGAGGACGACCUGAUCCUGGAGGUUGUUAUAAUGAUCGGCACUGUGUCAAUGGAUGACUCCUGUGCUGUUAUGCUGGCGAAAUCUGGCAUCAUUCCUGCCCUCAUAGAGCUUCUGAACGCCCAACAGGAGGAUGACGAGUUUGUGUGCCAGAUCGUUUAUGUUUUCUACCAGAUGGUUUUCCAUCAGGCCACCAGAGAUGUCAUCAUUAAAGACACCCAGGCGCCUGCUUACCUCAUCGACCUCAUGCACGACAAGAACACCGAAAUCAGGAAGGUGUGCGACAACACGCUGGACAUUAUUGCAGAGUAUGAUGAAGAGUGGGGACGUAAGAUUCAGAGUGAAAAGUUCCGCUGGCAUAACUCUCAGUGGCUGGAGAUGGUGGAGAGCCGGCAGAUGGACGAGGCUGAACCCUAUCUCUAUGGAGACGACCCUGAUGGCCUAGAGCAAGCUGACCUCUUCUACAGUACUGAUGGGAUGCCUCAUGAAGCUGGCCUGAGCCCGGACCCCUACAGUCAGUUCCACUCUCAGAACGGAGACUUUAACGGCUGCAACGGGUCAAACGGGCGUCCCGCCACUGCCUACGGCUUCCGGCCAGACGAACACUUCUACCACGGAGUUUCCUAAAGCUUCCCAAAGUGUCCUGACCAGCCCACCUCCUUCAGCUUUGGCCAGUGAUCAGGAACAUAUUCAAGCUUUCUGCACCAGGAGUCCAGAUUUAAACAUCUACCAGACUCCGGAGUGGACUGAGAUUCAAAGUAAUACGGCUCUCAGAUUCAGAUUGGCUUUAAUCUGGAGACCAGCCGUAGGUGUCUUUUUAUGGCCAGCAAUUCAUUCCAACAGCUUUUUAUUCUUCUUUCCAAACUGUGCCUGAUAACAUCAUAAAGGCCUUUGCUGCUAUAAAGACCCAGAAACUUAAAUCCAGCGUAAAAGCUUCCUCACUGCAAAAGAUAAAGCAUCAAAACAAUAAAAUAAAUGCUCAUCUGAA